AUGGCGCAAGGAAAAGAAGAGAAGAUUGAUUCUUGUGCACAGGUUGCUGGUCGAAUUCUUCUAAAGGAGGUAAUUAAAAAAAGUGAUAAAUCUGAGUAUAUUAACAUAUUGUUGUCUCCACUAUCUUUCCACGCCGUAUUGAGCAUGACAGCCGCCGGAGCAACAGGAGAUACAUUAAAUCAGAUGCUUCAGUUUCUUGGCGUUAGAAAUAUCGAUGAUUUGAAUUCCAACUUCUUAAAAAUGGCUGCUGUUUUUGAGAGCAACAGUGAGAGGGAUAGUAAUUGUCCAGAUUUGAGCUUCGUUAGCGGAAUAUGGGUGUCUUAUACACAUGAAUUGAAAGACUCUUUCAAAGAAUUAGUCAAUACUCUCUAUAAAACUGAGGCUAAAUCUGUUGAUUUUCAACGAAAGGAAGAGGUGGUAAAAGAAGCUAACUUAUGGGCUAGCGUUGUCAAAAGGCCUCAUCGCAGAAGUUCUCAAGACAGAGUACCUCAACCAAUAUACAACGAUCCUUUUUGCAAAUGCCUUGUAUUUUAA